AGGGGGCUGGGAGGAGGGGGCUGGAGUGGGGAAAAGUGAGGUGGAAUUUUGAACCAUGACCUCAUUAAAGUUCUGAAGUUUGGUUUGUAAUGUUUUGACAACAGCGUUCCUGAAGUUUCCGGAAUCGGAAGGAAAUUGAAACGUUCAGACUCUCCAGACUCCGAUUCCGUUGAACUUUUGACUCUGAUUUUGGAUUUUGGAUUCACUUGGUUGUAAACGUUCUUACAGCUCCUACUGUGAGCCUUUCACUAGUGAAAACCAGGAAUGUAUGGUAACCUUAGGUAAUUUCUUGGUUUUCUUGUAUGGACGAGUGCUUAUAGUUUUUAUACCUUGUAUUCAACAGAGUUCAAGCUGUAGCCGAGAGCUCCAUCCCGUCCCCGACACCCAUGGAUAUUGUUACUUCUGCAAGUUCACCGGAUUCGGCAACAGUUACCCAACCACCCGUCUCGCCUUCUGUGCUCAGCAAGACUCCGAAAAAAGUUCCCGCGGUGUGGAAAGGCUUUGUAAUGAUGCAGAGUGUUGCCAAGUUCGGUACCAGUGCUUACCGUGUGUCUGGCUCAUGUGACGAUCUGCUGCAGUUGUUACCGGACACGCUGCAUGUCCAGGGAAGAAUAGCUCAUGAACAAGUUUGGGAUUACCUCUUGCAGCUGAAGAGCUCCACGUCAAGGGAGGUGUGUGUGAUACGGUAUGAAGCAUCCUCUGAUGACGAGAAGCUGAGCUAUGUCUCCUUGUACUCAUAUUUCUACAGUCGAAAGCGCUGUGGAGUUGUCAGUAACUGUUACACAGGCGUCAAGGACAUGUACUUGGUUCCUUUAGCCUCGCAUCAACCUAUACCGCCAGAGUUACUGCCAUUUGAUGGACCUGGGUUAGAUGAGCAUCGUCCUCAUAUGCUUCUCGGUAUCAUAGUCCGAUCCAAGGUUCUGUUUAAACGCCCGCGUGCACUUAGUCAGCGUUCACUGUCACCACCGCCAAAGCGGCGAAACAGUUCAACGAGUGUGGAGACCAGCAGCAGUGAGGGAGGGACUGGGGAGAGUCCGACCAGCAAGCAAGGCCUGCUGACUGAACUGCAUGAUUCACCACCAGCUGAUAUUGAUGACAUUGUGUUCCAGUACAACACCACUCAAGCCAAGAUUGCUAGCAAAAAAACUACAGAUUCCCCAGCUAAAGCUUCGCCCACUUCUGAGACCUCGACACCGUCAAUGGCGUCAUCCUCUGGAGCAGUGGUGAGCUCUCCUUCUGUCCCCGCUGACAAGUCAUCUGUUCCUUCUCUUGAGGUACAGAAGCAACAAUUGCUGGAUCUUCAGGAGCGUGCUCGGCAGUACAUCUUGGCACAGACCCAGCGGAAAGAAACAGGCCCGGUUGAAGAUGAACUUCAGCAAGAGGCGGAGAAAAAAUCACAAAACCCAGACACAGGGAAAGUCGAGCUUAAGGGAGGGGAGGGUAAAGUGACUGAUGACGACGCUCCGUAUGAUCCAGAGGAAGGGUUGGAGCUUGAUCUUGAUUCCACUGACCCCACUGACCCCACCCCUGCCAAACCUGUGGUACCCGUGACAUCUCAGGAACUGUCUAAACCGUCUAGCCUUCAGAUGUUAGUUUCCACGCUUCAGAGGCUUCAAAGCGCUGCUGUUAAAAGUGUAAGCCCUCACUUGUCAUCACUCAGUACAGUACUACCAAUGGGAUCCUCUGCUGCAUCCAGUGACACUGUUUCUGCUGGCACAGCAGACACGGUCAAGAAACCUGCCGUUUCAGGAGGCUUUGCCAUCCAGUCUAUGGCAUCAGCCAGCAGUAUACUGCAGCCUAUUGUACCAGGCAGUCGGAAUGUACAGCCGGUGUCUUCUCCUGACAGUGCAACACAGCUUUCGAGUAGGGCUGGCCAACAGCUAACGUCAGCCAGCUUAACUGGACAGCCACUGCAGCGUUCAGUCACUGCUGACAGACAGCCAGUGUCAGCCAGUUCAGCUGGGCACAUACCACAGCGUGAUGCUGAGAGACAGCCAGUGUCGACCAGUUUAACUGGGUACAUGCCACAGCGUGAAACUUCCAGCAGUGGAAGUCCACACGGUAUUCGUGGAGCUCAGGUGUCGGGCUCCACCGAGCGCAGCUUUCAGUCUAGGGCCCCUGCUGAUCAGAGACACCAACCCACUCCUGAGGACAGUCGUCACACCAACAGAUGGAACCCGUCUGAACCACCAGAAGUCACUCGUCAAGUGAACAAUGUUACCCAACCGAUAGGCCAGUACAGCGGUCUUCGACCGGAGGAACGUGCGCGGCUGGCGGCUCACGAAUCCCGGUUGGAGUCACGGGAAAGCAGGCGAGUGUCUAGCGAGCACAGAGAUGAGCAUUGUGAGCAAAGAAGAAUGGACGACAGGACCAGAGGCGCUUGGUGUAGUGACACCCGCUAUCCCCGAGAUUCCCGACCCGGUGAUUCAAAUGAGCCGCGCUACCCCCGAGAUUCCCGACCCGGUGUUUCAAACGAGCCGCGCUACCCCCGAGAUUCCCGACCCGGUGAAUCAAAUGAGGUGCGCUUCCCUCGGGAUUUCCGAGCUGGAGACUCGCGGGGUGACUGGCGGCAUCAACACAGGCCUGGACGACAGUGGCACGAUGAUGAACAACGGCGAGAAAGGCACGGUUAUCCGCUGAACGAGCGACCAAGAUACGAGGAACGCAGAGAAGAGAGAAGAUUCAAAGAGCAUUGGAGCCGGGAUAGAUGGAGGCGGUGAUGAACACAUUCUGUUAGAGAAAGUUCUAUCUUAAGUUUGUAGACGUUAAUGACCGUUAAUAUAAUCCACAUCGUAGUCUUCCGAAGACUUCACGAAGUUAACCCAGACAGCCGAGGUCCUGUUACCGAUUGAUCCUCGAAGUUUGUCGGAAAUGUUUGUGUUAAUUGUAGAAUUUUACUUCUGGACGGUGGUAAGUUGUGUACAAAGAGAGCCUGACGUUUUAGAGAAGAUAUAGUGGUGUAGAAUUUUAACAAAGCCGUUCAAUGAAAGGGAUGUUUCUCCAACGCCUAAAAAGUGGUCUUUUUUCUCGUAAACGGAAUUACAGAACUCUAAACAAGAAGAGAGAGAGAACUUUAGUUCAAAUACUAAUUUCCCAUUCCCUGCUCUGCUCUCCCCUUCUCCUCCAACCCCCCACCCCUCACCCCACACACGCACCCUUUUCAAGAACGGAGUAUGAAACAAACUUAUUUUGACUUGCAUAGAUUACAAAGAUUUGAUCGUUAUACUAGAGACGGAUCACGGAUUAGUGCUGCAAUUCGCCUCAAGAAUAACAAAAACUUUGGCCCUUACAUUCGUGCA